GAUGCAUCUCCCGCCAACCGACGACCAUGGCCUCUGAGGCAGCAGCCGCGGAUGAUGCUGCGACGACAGGAGGACCGCCCGAAUGCACCGAGAUGGAGGAGCAGUUGGCGGAGGGAAGGAUGAAGGCAGACGAGGAAGCUCCUCCCCCCUCCCCGGGGCUGGGGGGUUCGGCGAUCCGGUGUCGGGAAGUGUGUCGGUCGUACGGUGAACUCAAAGUCCUGAGUAAUCUCAACUUGACCGUACCACAGGGACAGAUCUACGGCCUGCUGGGUCCGAGUGGGUGUGGGAAGACCACACUGUUGAAAUGCAUUGUGGGAACACUGAAGAUCUCCCGAGGGCACAUCAGCGUGUUGGGGAAGCCGCCCGCAUUUCCUGGUCACCAGGUCCCUGGGAGGAUGGUGGGGUACAUGCCACAGGACCUGGCAUUGUACAAUGAGUUUACCAUCAGUGACACCCUGACGUUCUUCGGAAGGAUCCACGGCCUGUCAUCUACGGACACCCAGGCACGCAUGGACUUCCUGGUGGACUUCCUGGACCUACCUCAGAAGAGCAAACUAGUCCGAAACCUCAGCGGAGGGCAGAAACGGAGGGUGUCUCUAGGAGCAGCCUUACUUCAAAACCCCCAGUUAUUGAUUCUGGAUGAACCCACAGUCGGGGUGGACCCUGUGCUGAGAGCCAAGAUCUGGCAGCAUCUAGAAGAUAACAAACUGGAAAAGUAUCAGUCGAACAUCACCACUCUGUAG